CCCAUUCUACCACUCAUCUUUCUCCUCUCUUCUCUUCUCGCAUCUGUUUCUCGCACUCACUGCACCCUGCACACUGCCAACUGCACAGCACUCUGCACUCUGCACACCGUUGGGCUGCCACAGUCCUAAAUUGAUACUCACUUUGCUGACUUACCUAUCGGAUUCGGUCGCCGUCGGUCCCCCAUCUUCCGUUUCUUAGCUCCAGCUCACUUUGUGCAAGACAUCAAGCUGCUACCUUGCGACCAACCAACCGUCCGCCGACACAUCCAUUCCAUCGUCGCAGGCAAGCGUACCAGACCCGUAAUCAAGCUCGUUACUUCCGCAACCACCUCCGCCGCCCACUCCCUCGCGACUGCCACUUGUACAGCUACAACCUCACACCCAAUCAACAACUCGUGCGCGCAUUAGUCGUCCGACUCAAAGCAAACCUUCUCACUCCUCUUGUUGGUCCCAAACGUCCAACCGACGCAGUCUCAUCUCGUCUUGCAUUGGUAAAUCCUGCCGAGUCCGCCUCACCGCGACCCUCGACCGCUUCAUUCAGUGCCACCUCGACCGAUCAGGGACCGACCCCUUGACCAGGGUGCAUCUCUUGGGCACCAAUUUGCGCGGCGUCACAGCUAGACCUAUCCUCUGACCAGCGACACUUGCGUCGCUAUCCACUGACGCAGCCCAGUGUCAGGCACCUAGGCACUGUACGUUGCCCUACCGGCCCCGUGUGUGUGACCACGUCACUGCCAGCCAAACAUUUGCCCGCCCUGCAAUCCGCCCGCUGCGGCUAUCCUCGAACUACAUCAUGUCCCCCUCCCCACCCAAAGAGCCUGAUGUCGAACAAAGUGCACAAUCUGGCGAAGAACAGGAACAGAUGGACCGCGACGCAGAAGGCGCACCAGGCACCGGCAUUGGUGAAUUUGAAGUCAAAGAGCAAGACAGAUGGCUUCCCAUUGCCAACGUGGCCCGCAUCAUGAAAACCGCUCUUCCCGAAAACGCCAAAAUCGCAAAGGAAGCCAAGGAAUGCAUGCAGGAAUGUGUGAGCGAGUUCAUCUCCUUCAUCACCAGCGAAGCAUCCGAAAAGUGCCAGCAGGAGAAGCGCAAGACGGUGAAUGGCGAAGACAUCUUGUUCGCCAUGACCUCGCUCGGCUUCGAAAACUAUGCGGAAGCGCUCAAGAUCUACCUUUCCAAGUAUCGCGAAGUGAGUUUGGACUUGUCCCCCUCCCCUCCCCUUCCGUCUCCUUUGUCAUCUCGACGGGGAUCAUUAUUCUGAACCAUUGAACUGAUUGGGAUGAGACCCAAUCCACAAGGGGCGAGAACCAGAACAGACCUACCAGCAGCGGCUACGGGGGCCCCGUCGGGGGCGGCCAGAGCAAUGCCGGGGGAAGUGGCGGCGCCGCCUACGGGGCUGGCCAAUCCGAGACAUCCAACGACUUACUGAGCGGCGACCACGAUGCCACCAGUGCAUACGGAUACCCCGGCGCCGUGGCCACGGGACACAACGGCAUCUCGAGCGACAAUUACUAGUUUGGCGCCACGUGUCGGAGACGGGCAAAACCGCAGUGGCGCAGCAAACCACCAGGGUGCGCUACUUGCCCCGUCCCAGAGCACGGUCGACGACGGCAUUGUUGGGGUGGACGGGAGAAGAGGAAAGAGACGACGAAGAGGCGAGUUGUAGCGCAUCGAGGGGCCCCAGCGCGGAAGAAAUGUCAGGUCGGCUGUCGAGUGGAUCAACGCCGUUGUAAAUGAAUACAUGGGAGACUCGGGAACAAGACUGGGACGGAUGGGAAUGGCGGCUGUCUUAAUACUGGAGAACGCGAUCUGAUGCAUUCUGGAAAAGCAAGGGCUCAUUGGCUAAGACGGGCAAGAGUAGGGCAUGGUUCGCGCUGAUGAACAGGAACUAGGGAGACAACUAACGUGUUGAGGUUGCUGUUAAGAGAGCCAUUCGACUAAAAUUGCAGCGAGUGUGGGGAGGAGAUGGAGCCAACGCCAGCACGUGACUAUAGCGAGCUGGGGAUUUAUGAGUAGGUAGUCAAAGAUAUACAUGCAAGGUACUAGGAGCGGACAAGUGAUAGUCGGGACUGGGACAUGCGAGACCUGCUUCCAGACACCGGACAUGAGGCAGGGGUAGAUAGCAUAUCUGUGGCUGACAGCUGCAUCAAAUGGAUACGACCAGUUCCAGACUUUGACA